AUGUUACUGUUUAUUAUCUUCUGGGUACUUCCUGUAUCCCACGGAAGUUACAACUUUAGCGACUCAGUCACACCCAAGCCAAAACCACUAGUAGAGGCUAGCAUUGCCAUGAUCAGACAAUUUUUCGUCCCGGAAAGCAACCACAUCUACAUCCGCCGCCGAGCGUCCAAUCCGGGUAGUGUCUUUGUUCAGCGUGAUAUCGUAAACGAGUUGACCGCCCGCUCGGAACCGCACAUCAAGAUUCAGCUGGAGACGUACCAGGCGAAGGUGCUUGAGCAGUUGCGAGCGUUCAACGUGUUCCUGGUUGAUGACUACAAAGCAUUCGAGAGGAUCAGCGACGGAAUGAAGGUGCGUACGUACAAUUACAACGGUUUCUUCAUGGUGAUUGUGAGUAACUCGUCGGAGAGCAGUGGUUACACGGUGCAGCGCAUUAUGGACGAGCUGUGGACGCAUUAUAUAGUGAAUGUUGCGAUACUGAUCUCUUACGAAUACGCACCAGAAAAGACUUACUACUACACGUAUUUCCCUUUCGGGAAUGGAUACUGCGAGCGGGUUCAACCGACGCUCUGGAAGGUGUUCAGUGAGGGACAUUUCGGCAACUUGGAGAAAGAAUUCUUCCCUCCGAAGCUGUCUAACAUGCACGGAUGCCCGCUGAAGCUGGCCACGUUCGAGAUUGCACCGUUUGUAAUGCUGAAAUAUGAUAGCAAGGGUAAGGUGAUUCAGACGGAUGGUCUAGAAGGGAUCGUGGCUCGAGUGCUGAGUCAACAGUUGAACUUUACUACGCAGAUCGUUUUGGUGGAUCCCCCGGAUUGGGGCAUUACGGCUGUGUUGGGUUCCAGCACUGGAGCAUCGAGAUAUGUAAGGUGGAUUAAAUUGCAUGUUAUUCGCGACAGAGAAGUCAAUUUCAGCAUCGGUUACUGGGCGUUGACGCACAGUCGAAGUCUGUACAUGGGCAGCACGUUUCCUUACUAUUCAUCACUGAUGACUAUAAUUGCACCACCAGGAUAUCCAUACAGCACGAUCGAACAGCUGAUGCUACCAUUCAAGUACAUCAUAUGGUGUUGCAUAACUUCCAUCCUGGCGAUCGCCUUUUGCGUGAUCACGAUUGUCAACCGCAGGUCAAUAUCUGUUCAAUACUUUGUAUUCGGCCGCAGAGUGUCUGCUCCUCUGCUCAAUACUUUCAACGUGUUCUUCGGUGGUUCGCUACAUCGUCUGCCAGGCCGUAACUUUGCUCGAACAUUGAUUGCCGCAUGGCUCCUGUACUCUUUGGUUAUCCGUACGUCCUAUACGGCAUCACUGUUUAAAUUUCUCAAGCUACAACCGAACCGCACAGUUCCGCAGAUUAUCCCGGAGUACAUUGCCGCGGGUUAUCACAUCCGAAUGACUCGCAAUUUGAGCUACAUGUUUGACGGAAUUCCAGAUGUACUGCCACAUCUUCACCAGACAAGUUACGCUCAACUGAUAGCCACCGGGAUCGACGAACUGCAGCUUCCGUCCACGCGAUACGUCAUGCUCAUGCCAAUCGAGGCCAUUUCCUUCUUUAACCGCAACCUCACCAAACAGGGUAAACUUCUUCGCACGGUGUACGAUCGUGUGUUCCUGUCUAAGCUGGCGAUCUACACGCAAAAAUCAGCGCCCUUUCUGCCAGCGUUCAACACCUUCCUAGGUCGACUGAAUGCCGCUGGGUUCAUCGAUCAAUGGGCCUCUAAAUACCAUCAGCCGGUUUUCCUUAAGCAGAUUCGCUGGCAGACGGGUCCUCGCCCACUUGAGCUACAGCAAGUUAUGGGUUGUUUCAUAUUGCUUCUAGGUGGACUGAUUGCUGGAUUGCUGGCAUUCGUGCUAGAAUGCUUUCUUGAGUGGAGGAAGCGGAAAGUGAUGUUGAGGCGAAUGAGACGAUUAAGGCGUACAAGGCGUCGCUUUGUACUGUACGGAUAAUGAGCUGGUCUAUUGUGCUGAUGAAACAUAUAAGG